CCCUCAGAAACUCACUUGAUCGUACAUCGUGCAGGCGUCUCACGAGACGGGAAGCUGCUGGAAAUCUCUAGAGACAAAAGCGCAUUGCAAAUAUUCUACCAGACGGCCUUCAAAGCCGAUUUCCUCAAUCAACAUUGUCACUACAUCAAACACAAAUAUCAACCUGCGUCGCGGUGUAUGCAGAGGUUCAGCUACGUGUACGCCUUAGUGAAAGACUUUAACGUGUCGGAGCACUUCCGGUUAGACUACAUCCGGGUUAAAUCCGGUCGCUCUUACGAGCUCGACGUGACCUUGCACGAUGAGAUUGAACUGCGCUAA